GGGAGGUGUAGGGGAGGUGUAGUGACGUGAGCCUCGAUAAGCAGCUCGGUCUCUGGGAAGUGCCGUGGACUGGAGUCGACUCUGCACUGAGCAACGAUGGUCCUCAUCAAGGAAUACCGUGUCAUUUUACCCUGUAGUGUUGAGGAGUAUCAAGUUGGCCAGUUGUUCUCAGUGGCUGAAGCAAGUAAAAAUGAAACCGGUGGAGGAGAAGGGAUUGAGGUGCUUAAGAAUGAGCCUUAUGAAAAAGAUGGCCAAAAAGGACAGUAUACACUCAAAAAAUAUCAUUUACAAAGUAAAGUCCCCAGUUUUGUGAGGCUCAUAGCUCCUGAAGGCUCCCUUGUUUUUCAUGAAGAAGCCUGGAACGCCUACCCCUACUGCAGAACAGUCGUUACAAAUGACUAUAUGAAAGAAAAUUUCCACUUAGAAAUUGUAACAUGGCACAAACCAGACCUUGGUGUGCAAGAAAAUGUGCACAAACUGGACAAGGAGACACUGGCGUCCAGAGUGGUUGUGCCCAUUGACAUUGCAGACAGAUCACAGGUGUCUACUGCCGAUUAUAAAGCUGAUGAGGACCCGGCCAUAUUCAAGUCAGUGAAGACUGGCAGAGGACCGCUUGGACCCAACUGGAAGAAAGAACUGAAUUGCCCAAAGAUGUGUGCCUACAAGCUGGUGACGGUGAAGUUUAAGUGGUGGGGCUUGCAGACCAAAGUGGAGAACUUCAUUCAUGAGCAAGAGAAGAGAAUCUUCACAAACUUUCACCGCCAGCUCUUUUGCUGGAUCGAUAAGUGGGUGGAGCUGACUAUGGAUGACAUCAGACGAAUGGAGGCAGAGACUCAAAAGGAGCUGGAUGAGAUGCGUAAGAAAGGCAGUCUGCGGGGCACAAAGGCAGCAGAGGAGUAGCUUGGCCUGUAGUGUUGAGUGUGGCUCUUCGUAGAAGAGGUGGUGUACGAGGAACCAGUGCUGCCGAUGAAUGAAAGCCCAUGGAAUUUUAAACCAACUUCUCUGAUGCCACGUUUUACCUGAUUAACUAAUUCUGGCCAUGGAGGAGGGGCUCUGCUGCACCUGUAAUCACUAGAGCAGAUCCCAGAGCUGCACCCAAUCUUAGACAUUCUAUCUACUGAGGAAUUGAUUUUCUUAAGACACACACACACACACACACAAUCCUAGCUGACAAGACUGCCCUAAAGUCCUCUAAAUUCUGAUUUAUGUGGCUAAAAUAAACAAGAGUCUGCAUCAUGAUAGAAGAUGAUUCUUCUACUCCAAAGGAACAGCAACGGGCUUUUCAUGUUAGAUUUCCCAUUCCACAGUGGCAGGCAUUGGACCAGUUUUGUCUGCAUCUCAGAAACAUUCCCGUUACAAAGAUGUCUUUCCAUGACCUGCCUCACUGUACACAUGUUGUGCAGUGUAGCUGCAUUCCUUGGCAUGAGUAUGUCAUACUCAUGUUCUUUCCUGCCACAGCCUCCAUUUAGGAGAUUACUAACACUCUUGGCGCCCUGGCCCAUUGUAACCCCACCUCCCCUCUCCCUACCACAACACAUCACUCCCCAUCACUCCUCCACAGUGCACCACAUCUUAUUAACUCUGACAAUCAUGCCCGGACAGGUAUCCCACUUAAUAGAAAUCUACACAAACUGCCCGUGACACACAUGCACAAGUCGUCUCCCAGGUGUGGAUGCUUUCUUGGUGACUGAGCUGGGCAGAUCUGUGCAUGCUCAUUUCUGGAUGUUGCUUCCGAAAUGUUUACAGCGAUCACACAAGCCCGCCUCUCACACGCCCUAACUGCACUCCUACUUAUUUUAGAGACGUUCACACAUACAUUGCAGCGUUCAACUCCCCCCAACAGAUGUCCCCAGAGGAAAAAACACCUCACAGAAAAACAGCCACAGAUGGUGCUACACCCCUACAGCCGUGGUGACAAGGCAAACCACACCACGCCAUGCCCGCCCCAGAGACUUGUCUUACUCAUCUGGCUCUACCGGUGUGGGCUAGUUGACCAGACAGCCCAACUAUCUUCACUUUGUGUGUUUACAGAUUCAGUAUAGCCUUAUAGUGAUGCCAUUCAGCACCAGCACCUUUUUGCCUUAAUGCUCAGACCUCUUUGUUCAAGUCUGUUCAAAACGCUGGACCUUUGCUAUCAGUCAACGCUACCUCCUUUGCUUCACAGAGAUGUUUGCUACAAGAGCUAACUGUUUAAAUAAUGGCAUGAAAGUUUUUAGGUCCUAUUUUUCAACUUGUAUAUUUCAAACAAGUGCAAUUGUGAAACCAGGCAAAAAUGAUCACGCUGCAGCCAAAACCUGAAACAGUGCACAGUAGUGGCUGUACAAGAGAUUCUAUGUGCCUCAAACCAGGACAUGUGGAGGUGCCACUUUUUACGUUUGCUUCAAUCAUGUGUUUUUCCUGUACAAGCCUGCUCUCUUGGGGGGGUUAUCUGUGUCUGAUGGUUUGUAAACUAGUUUGAUUUUUAGUUUACUGUGCAGAUGAUUUUCUGUUCAUGAUUUCUGUCAGUUCAUGUCAGUGGCUUCUAGGCUAGUCCAAAGAGAGUGAAUGAUUUUCUAAUGUGUGUUUACAUGUAUUCAGUUCAUAGGCUGCCAACUUAUAAGACACUUGUCAGGAGAUUUUGCAGUGACGUUUUAAAUGGAUGAUAUUCUCAGGUGAACAAUCAUACUGUAAUGUUGCCUUUUAGUUGUGUCUGUACACUGUGUUCAUUAUAAUGCGAAAGCUGCCUUCAUUUACAGUCACCUAUUUUCUACUGUAAAUAUGACCUAAAGUGCAGUAAAAAUGAAUUCGUAUUUGCAUUUCAGAAUGUGGCGGUCUACAAAACAAAAACUAUAAAAUCAACAGUAAAACAUUUUAAGAGUCAAUUUAUCCCAAACAGUGUUGCCUUUAUUUAUAAAAUUGACAUUCUGUUUUUCUUUCCUGAAUGUCCUUGUUUCAAAUCAACCUUUUAAAUUCAGGGGAUGUGGUAAUGAAUGUAUAUUUUCUGCCUCUUCUUUCUGUGGGUCUUGCGUGUGCCAUAAAGUCAAUAAUUGUAUCUAAAUAUCAAAUAAAUUACCCUUUAAAUUUG